AUGUCACCGGAGGAUGGUACGCAAAGACUUGAAAAUUUACUUAAGCAUUCGGAGUAUGCAGAAUAUCAAGUGUUAUACACUUCUGAUGUCCAGAAAAGGACAAAAAUAUGGAACGAUGGUACAUUAAGGUUAUUCAAGAUAAACAAGAAGCUUAUAUUAUAUGACGAUGAUAAGAUAUUGGUAUACGAAGAUUUUUGGAACAGAUAUGAACGCUUCAAGGACCAGAGAACUUUAAAGUUUGAAGCCGUCUGGAUUACGAUUGAUUCUCUGUUAGGAGUAUAUGAACGGGAUAUAUCCGGUCAAUUUCACCAGAUGAAUGCUCAUGAUGUUAACACCGUUGCUCACAUGAUUAAAAAGCCCAACUAUUCAAGUUUGAACCAAAUACCCCCCACCCCGAUUAGUCAUAAACAUUUAGGGUAUUGUCGAAAACGACAAACGAAAGGCAUCAGAAAACAUACCCAAAGGAUACAUCCAGUCGGCUUACAUGAUAGCAAAGGUAAAUUCAAAUCGCCUUUGAUUUGUGUGCAUGCACAAAAAAAUCCAUUUUCAAUGCCUCUCAGCCCAUUGUGCAGACCCCCUAAGAAUAAUACCAAUCAAAUUUCAAAAGGAGUGUCACCUCAUGAAAGGACAAAGAGACCAAAUCUACACGUUGAUAGAACAUUUGAAACGCCUAUUUUAAAAAUCAAGCAGCUUCUGACGCCGCCACUUUCAAAUUUCUCCAGGGAUGAAAUAGGUAGUGAGUGUGAUUCAACAUUUAGUGAAAUUCAAACACCGCUUAAGAAUCAUGAUAACGGCAAAAUGGAAUUUCCUGAUAGUUUUAAAGAAUUAUGUAGACUUGGUUCUGAAAAAGUCGAUGUUUAUGACAGUGAUUCUCAAGGAAACGAUGAACUGAGCGAACCGGACGAAGAAAAGCAUCAUGAAGCAAAAAAGACACAUUCACAAAGUAAUAUAUUCAAGAGGUUGGAGUUAGGGGAGAAAAACGCAGAUCAAAUCGUUACAGAAACCUGGGGGCAUCAUGAUAAAAUAAGUUCUCAAGGGACAAAGAUGGCAUUGAUAAUGUCAAAGCGUCUGCUUGCUAAGCCAUAA